CUGUAUAGAGUAUCUGAACACAGAUUGAUCCGCGGACAGAAUCUCAUCUCAUCCAAACACAGAGGACAUGAUAGUUUCACUCGAUUAGUGUUAAUGCUGCUAAUGUUUCAGAGCAGGAGAGUUUAUUACGCUGCUCGAGGAUCGGUGAGAAAAUCUGACGCGUUUGUUUGCGGAUGAUCAAUGAAAACAUGAUCCGCAGAACCAGUUUCCAGCCAGAUUAAACCGUUCACAGCGUUCAGUUCAACCGUUAGAUUCAAAACCAGCUCGAGCUCGAGUUCAUGGCGUUUCUCGUCAAGAAGAAGAAGUUUAAGUUUCAGACUCAUGUUACUCUGGAGGAGCUGACAGCAGUGCCGUUUGUCAAUGGAGUUUUGUUCUGUAAGAUCAGACUGCUGGAUGGAGGAGAUUUCACUGCUUCAUCAUCCAGAGAAGAAGUCCACCAGAACGCCGUUCGCUGGAGGAAGAGGUUCUCCUUUGUAUGCAAAAUGAGCGCCAACCCCAACACCGGCGUUCUGGACCCCUGCGUGUGUCGCGUCUCUGUCAGGAAGGAACUCAAAGGAGGAAAAGCAUAUUCAAAGCUGGGCUUUGCUGAUCUGAACAUGGCGGAGUUUGCUGGCUCGGGCUCCACUGCGCGCUGCUGUCUGCUGGAGGGAUACGACACCAAGAACACCCGGCAGGACAACUCCAUCCUGAAGGUGAACAUCGGAAUGACCCUCUUAUCCGGAGAUCCGUGUUUCAAAACUCCCCCAAGCACCGCCAAAUGUAUAUCUGUGGCCGGUCGAGACUCUUCCCUUCAGCUGGACUGUAAAGGAGAAGGAACCACCGAGGUUUUGCCCCGACUGGCUAAACACAGACCUUCUAUACUUGGCUCUGCUCUUCCUGAGGAGGUGGAUCAGGGUCCUGAUGAAUCGUUUCACACGGGUCAUUCACGCAACUCGAGUUAUGCCAGUCAGCAGAGCAAACUAUCAGGCUACAGCACCGAACACUCCUGCUCCUCCAGUCUGUCUGAUCUGACCCAUCGCAGGAACACAUCUACAGGCAGCAGCGUGAGCGCCGACCCGCCGUCUGAGAAUGACACCCGUCCCGAGCGGCCUCCGCGACCCCCGCGGCCCAUGUUACCCUCCAACAGACCGCCACGGAGGAAGCAGGAUUCGGUGGAGGAUCACCCGACCUGGGUCAACGACACGCGUAUCGACGCGGACGACAUCGUGGAGAAGAUCGUCCAGAGUCAGAACUUUUCUGACAUCAGUAACAAUGAAGAUAGUAACCUGAGACUGUUUGUGAGCAGAGACGGAACGACAGCGCUGAGCGGCAUCCAGCUGGGAAACAGGGUCUCUGCUGGAGUGUUUGAGCCAGUCGUCAUCGAAAGCCAUUAGAUUUACACCCGUGGUGUUCCUGUUUCGUCACUUCAUCUUCAAAAUACUGGAAGAAUCACAUAAAUCUACUCCAAUCACCUCUUGAAUCAAAUGUUUCAUCAACAUCUAAAUUAGUCCAGAUAAAUGUUUAAGUGCCAAACCACUGCAGAUGCCUGAAACAACCCACCAUGACGCUUUCCCCAGAUCUAACAGUGUUUCAUGAUACUGCACAACAGAAUGAUUUUUCCUCUGGAUAGAGAUCUGAUCUUAUAUCUAUGGAAGCAUGUUUCUGACAGGAUAAAAGAAAAAAAAAAAGGUAAUUGUGGAUCUCAAAAUUCAGAUUUUUUUCCUCACAGUUCUGUGAACAAAAAAAAAAAAAGUAAGAAUUGCAACAUUUAAGUUCAAAACGGCAAGAUAUAAUUUCAGAAUUGCAAGAUAUAAACUCACAAUUCUGAGAAAAAGCCGCAAUUUUUUAUUUUUUGUUCCGUGGUGGAAACAUCAAUUCAGAAUUGAGUCGUAAAAAAAGGCAGAAUUCUGAAUUUAAAUCUCACAGUUCUUUUUUUCCCCUCAGAUUUGCAAGAAACAAAGUCCAAAUUGUGAAAUUCAAAAGUUACCUUUGUAAUUUUUGAGUCCCGUGUUGGAAACAGGCUUCCAUGCAUACCACUGAGUGCGUCCAUCUGCAUACUGUACGUGUGUGUUGUCUCGUCUGUUUCUUCUUUCACAUCUGUAAGUGUACUUGUGUUUUGCUUUCGUCCGAGUCUGAUGCCAUGUUUUUCAUUUGCAUUGAACACUAAGUUUUGACGUGAUUGGGCUCUUUAGGUGGGCUUUUCCUGGAGCACCAGCCGGUCUGAGUGCUGUGAAAGGACCAGAGAUGUUCUCUGACUCGCAGGGUUUCCUCUCAUCGUUAAACUUGUUGCUGUGCAACACAAAACUCCCUCCCUACAGAUUCUAGUGUUAUAAAACCAGUUUAAUGCACUUUACAAGAGAAUCUCCCCAAAACUGUCCAGGUCACAUUGUACCUCAAAAUCAAAAUGACAAGAAAUUCUUUCUUUAUAAAGAGAAAUUGAAACCUAUUUUUAGGAAAAUUAAGGAAUAUUUUACCCCGAAAAUGAAAAUUUGCUGAAAAUGCUCACCCUCUGGUCAUUCAAGAUGUAGAUGAGUUUGUUUCUUCAUCAGAUUUGUAGAAAUGCAGCAUUCCAUCACUUGCUUAUGGAUCCUCUGCAGUGAAUGGGUGCCGUCAGAACGAGACUCUAAACAGCUGAUUAAAAACUUCAGUUCCUGAACUGUUCCUUUAGAUUUUUAUUUUAUCAUUAUCAUUAUUCUUUUUUUUUAUUUUUUAUAUUGUAACAAUGAAAAGCAUUUUUGUAAUUCCCAUCACAAAUAAUUCCCAUUAUUCUGUGUUCACAACGAUUAUUUUCAUUUAAAUAAUUUAUUUUACACAUUAUUAUUAUCAUUUAAUUAUUUUUUCAUUUUAUUUUAUUUUUAAUAAUAAUAAUAAUAAUAAUAAUAAUAAUAAUUAUUAUUAUUAUUUUGCAUUACAAGAAUUUUAAAUGUCAUAUUAAUAUUUGUGAUUAUUUUUUAAGACUAAUAAUAGUCUUUCUUUUCUCAGUAAAUUCUGAUUUUUGAGAUGAAAUAUGACCUGGACAUUUUUUUGCGAGGUUUCAUGAGAUUCACCCAAAUACUUUUGGGGGCCAAACUCAUACAACUAAAUACAAAAUACAUAAUAUUUCUAAAUACAGCUUCUAUAAGAACAUGUUUAUUGGGAAAAGCUAUAUCGCCAGCUGUUGAUGUUUAGUGUGGCAGAUUUGAUUAUUCACAAUAUCAUAAAUGAUUCCAGCCACUGCUGGUUCAUAUAAGAACGGUAAAUUUGGUCUUUAUCACUAUGAAAGUGAGUUUUACGGGCCUCAGGAUGGGUCGGCCUCUUGAAAUGAUUAAACUGAGACUGAUUUGUCCAGUACAGAGGAACUCCGAUUUCCCAGAACCAGCUGGCUGGUUAUUUUCCUUCACAAACCAAUCCCUCGAUACAGAUUGUGCUGGAGUUUUACAGAAACGCAUGCUUCAGAUGCUUUUGCUGCAGAUGAAGCGUGUUUUGUGUUUCUCAAGUGCACUUGAUAAGCUGUGAUCGACUCUUUCAGAUGCGUAUGGUGCUGCUCAUGUGAACCGAGUGCUUGUACCGGUCUUUUGACCGCUUUAUUCAUAGAUUUCCAUUCUCUUUAAGCUUUUAAACCGGAUUUCUUUCAUUUAUAGUAAUGUGAACACACUCCAGAUUGGCAUUAAUUUUAGCACUUUCUAAAUCACAGUGCACAACAUUAACACUAAACACUAUAUAUGUUCAGUUUAGAUCACACAAGCAGAAUGACGUUCAUCUGUUCAGCAUCUUUACUUGUUCUUUAACUGUGGAGCGAGUUAAAGAGUACAAAAUGCACAAGCCCUUCAUAUCUCUUGCAAAUAAGCUAACAUUUUAAUGCUAUAUUAAUGAGAUAGACCUAUAACUUAAUGAAUGUCUAUAAUUUCAAUGAAAUUCACUUGUAUUUGUAUGUAGCGCACUAUUUUUGUGAAUCUCAGAUGUGCUUUUAAUAAAGUUUAAGAAACCGUUUUACCCA